GGAAGCAGGCGGGAGUCCCGAACAUGGCGGCCGCCAGGUACAUUCCCUGGGGCGUGAGCCGAGCCGGAGGUUGGCUGCUCCCGCCGCCUGCGCGCUGUCCCCGCCGAACUCUGCACAAGCAGGUAGACGGCGCCGAGUUCCAGAGUAUCUACAGCCUGGAGAAGCUAUACCCCGAAUCCAAGGGGGCGGACACCGCCUGGAGAGUCCCGGAUGAUGCAAAGCAAGCCAACAAUGACAUUCCUAUAGAUCGCUUGACGAUAUCUUAUUGUCGGAGUAGUGGUCCUGGGGGACAGAAUGUUAAUAAAGUGAACUCCAAGGCUGAAGUCAGGUUCCAUUUGGCAACCGCCGACUGGAUUGCAGAACCCGUGCGGCAGAAGAUUGCCAUCACGCAUAAAAAUAAGAUCAACAGGGCAGGAGAGUUGAUACUCAGCUCUGAAUGUAGCCGCUAUCAGUUCCGGAAUCUGGCCGCUUGCCUACAGAAAAUUCGAGACAUGAUCACUGAGGCCAGCCAGACCCCCAAAAUGCCAUCCAAAGAAGAUGCUGUGCUUCGGAGGAUCAGAAUAGAAAAUGCGAAUCGGGAAAGGCUGAGACAAAAGAGAAUAAAUUCUGCCAUCAAGACAAGCCGAAGGGUAGACAUGGACUGAGAUGACCCCCUGCAGCUGGCAGAGACCACUCUGCAGGGUGUCUGGCAGCUGCAGCUAAGAGUCCUUUAACACCACAAAGAGAUUUCUUUCUUUCUUUUUUGUUGAUACUUGUCUAUAAUAUUAGAGCUGCCACUGUAACAUUAUCAUAGUAGAUAUAAUAUCUAAUAUGAAUGUUCCUUUGGAAUGAAGGUUGUAGGCACCGAUUGUCAAGGUCUUUAUAAGCAGUCAUCAUGUUGUCAAACCUUAAUUGUCCAUUUAAUGUAUUAGCUGCAAUAAAAUUUUAAACUUUAA